GGGGGAAAAAGAGCGGGGAUCUCCCAGGAGUCUGAGCUACAAGACGAUAGCAUCUCGUGCUGCCGUAAAGGCAUCGUAUCACCGCACGAAUCGGGAACUGGUGGAGUGCGAGCUGGUCCAAUCUGCUGGUGCGGUUGGAGGUCGCGGAGGCUCCAGCAACGCAGGCAGCUACCUUUCAAGAGCCCCGCCCCCCACACGUGAGCUCCCUGAAUUCGCCUUAAAGUCGUGGUUUCCGAAGCGAGUUUGCGGUUUUGGGUGGGAGCGAGGAGGGGCAGAGAGGUCUCGGUGUUCCUGCUUUGUAGUGUUAGAUCGGCGGCCGCGGCCUCAGAGCAGAUGGAGGCGGUGCUGGUAUUGUUGGUCGCGGCCGUGGCGUUGUGUGGCGCGGGGUGCCAUGGGGCAGAGUCCACUCCCGGGAGCUUGCUGCGGAUGACGACGGAUCUGGGCAACGAGAGACUUCUAAGCGAGCAGUUUGGAGCUUGGGCGCAUAAGCAUGGGAAGGUGUACAGUUCCUUGGAGGAGCAUGCGCAUCGUUACAUGGUGUGGAAGGACAAUUUGGAGUACAUCCAGCGUCACUCGGAGAAGAAUCGAAGCUACUGGCUGGGGUUGACGAAGUUCGCUGACAUCACCAACGAUGAAUUCCGGAGGCAGUACACGGGGACGAGAAUUGACCGCUCGAAAAGGUCUAAGCGCAAGACGGGCUUUCGGUAUGCGGACUCCGAGGCGCCCGAGUCGGUCGACUGGCGGAAGAAAGGCGCCGUGACAACGGUCAAGGAUCAAGGCUCUUGUGGAAGUUGCUGGGCGUUUUCAGCUAUUGGAUCUGUUGAGGGUAUCAACGCCAUCCGUACUGGAGAGGCUGUGUCUUUGUCAGAGCAGGAGCUGGUUGACUGCGACUUGGAAUACAACCAAGGCUGCAACGGCGGUCUUAUGGACUACGCCUUCGAUUUCAUUCUUGAAAACGGAGGCAUUGACACCGAGAAUGACUAUCCUUACAAGGGUCUUGAUGGCCGCUGUGACAACAACAAGAAAAAUGCCCACGUAGUUACUAUUGAUGGCUACGAAGAUGUCCCAGAAAAUGAUGAAGAGGCAUUGAAGAAGGCAGUUGCAGGCCAACCCGUCAGUGUUGCCAUUGAAGCAGGUGGUCGCGAUUUCCAGUUGUAUUCUGGGGGUGUUUUUACUGGGGAGUGCGGCACCGAUCUUGAUCACGGAGUCCUCGCAGUAGGAUACGGCAGUGAGGGAAGCUUAGAUUACUGGAUUGUGAAAAACUCAUGGGGAGAAUACUGGGGGGAGAGCGGUUACCUCCGCAUGCAAAGGAAUAUCAAGGAUUCCAACCAUCAAUUUGGGUUGUGUGGAAUCAACAUCGAGCCUUCGUAUGCCGUGAAGACUUCCCCUAACCCUCCAAACCCUGGGCCCACUCCUCCAUCACCGUCUCCCCCUGAAGUGGUUUGUGACAAGUGGCGCACUUGUCCCUCGGAGAACACAUGCUGCUGCACCUUCCCUGUUGGAAAGAUGUGCCUUGCCUGGGGUUGCUGCUCUUUGGACUCCGCAACCUGCUGCGACGAUCACUACCACUGCUGUCCGCACGAUUAUCCUGUUUGUAACUUGGCUGCUGGGCUUUGCCUUAAGGGAGAACACGAUAAGGAAGGAGUUGCGUUGAUGAAGCGGACCCUAGCCCAUUUUAACUGGCUAGGAAAUUUCUAAACUGAUUGGAUGUGUGUGCACGGGAGAUGCAACGCAUAUGUUGUGAUCGGAGUGUGUAGCUCCGCAGUCCUGAAGAGCAGUCGAAGUUUGUUAAUCGAAGCUUUUCAGGAGGAAGUGUACAUAGCUCCCAGCUUGGCAUUAGGCAAGCUCUACCUCCGCAUUGCAGAUACGUUUGGACAUAAAUUGUACAAUUUUUUUUUCUUCUAGUAUUCUCUUCAAAGGAGAAAAUGUUGAUGUGGUAGACCAGAUGUGUAUUUUUCGCUGCCACAAAGGCCUUUUGAUCAGGCAGUAGUGUGAUCUUGAACUGGUGUGAGCAGGAGGUUGAUGGUCCUCACAAGACUGAGAUACAUUGACUAUCUUGUGAUAAGUUGGGAGCAGCAAGUAGCUUCAUAGAUUCUCUUGUAAGAAGCAUUUCCAAUUUCUGUUCAAUAUCUUAAUUAUCUUUCAUGAUUCUUUCUUAUUGAGGAUAA